AGCACGCGCUCCCCUGCGCUCUCGGCACCCGCGCCCCUUCCCCACCGCAACAGGUCUGGGGCGGGCGGAGGCGGCGAGGGCGCACGACCCGAGAUUGGAGGACUUAGGGUCUGGAAGAUGAAUAGAUUCAUCGCUUUCCACUGACUGGCAGCAAUGGCAUUUACCGAAAGGGUCAACAGCAGCGGCAACAGCAGCUUGUACAAUGAAGACAGAAACCUGCUUCGAAUUAAAGAGAAGGAAAGACGCAACCAGGAAGCUCAUCAAGAGAAAGAGACAUUUUCUGAAAAGGUCCCGCUCUUUGGAGAGCCCUACAAGACAGAUAAAGGUGAUGAGCUAUCCAGUCGAUUACAGAACAUGUUGGGAAACUACGAAGAAGUGAAGGAGUUCCUUAGUUCCAAGUCCCACCCUCAGCGCUUGGAUGCUUCCGAAAAUAGGUUGGCAAAGCCGAGAUAUCCUUUAUUUCCUGAGAAGGGGAGCAGCAUUCCAUCCCACUCCUUCCACUCUAGUGUCCACCACCAGCCUGUUAACACUCCUGCCUCCGGACCACUUCCUGUUGGUAACAUUAGCCACAACCCAAAGAUGGCGCAGCCAAGAAUGGAACCAAUGCCGAGUCUCCACGUCAAAAGCUACGGCCCACAGGAUGGCCAGCACCUGACUCAGGAGCGCCUUGGUCAGGAGGGGUACGGCUCUGGUCAUCCCAAAAAAGGUGACCGCAGGGCUGACGGAGACCACUGUGCUUCCAUGACAGACUCCGCUCCAGAGAGGGCGCUUUCUCCUUUGUUCUCCUCUCUGCCUUCCCCAGUGCCCCCCUUGUCACCUGUACAUUCCAACCAGCAGACUCUUCCCAGGACACAAGGAAGCAGCAAAGUUCACAGCAGUAGCAGUAACAAUAAAGGCUACUGCCCGGCCAAAUCUCCCAAGGACCCGGUGGGAAAGGGCCAUGAUAAAGAGACCCCACAAGACAGUUCAGUGGCGGUUGCCAGCCUUGGGGUAGCCCCUCCCCAGCCGCCUUCUCAGACCUUCCCCCCACCCCCACUCCCCUCAAAAAGCGUUGCAAUGCAGCAGAAGCCCACGGCUUAUGUCCGGCCCAUGGAUGGUCAAGAUCAGGCUCCUAGUGAGUCUCCUGAACUGAAACCACUGCCAGAGGACUACCGGCCGCAGACCUUUGAAAAGACAGACUUAAAAGUGCCUGCCAAAGCCAAGCUCACUAAGCUGAAAAUGCCUUCUCAGUCCGUCGAGCAGACCUACUCCAGUGAAGUCCACUGUGUUGAAGAGAUUCUGAAGGAAAUGACCCAUUCAUGGCCUCCUCCUCUGACAGCAAUACACACGCCUAGUACAGCUGAGCCCUCCAAAUUUCCUUUUCCCACAAAGGAUUCUCAGCAUAUCAAUUCUGCAACCCAAAACCAAAAACAGUAUGAUACAUCUUCAAAAACCCACAGUAAUUCUCAGCAGGGAACAUCCAUGCUCAAAGAUGACCUUCAGCUCAGUGACAGUGAGGACAGUGACAGCGAUCAAACCCCAGAGAAGCCUCCUUCCACAUCUGCACCUCCAAGCGCUCCACAGCCGCUUCCAGAAGCGGCGGCCUCAGCACAUUCCAGCAGCGCCGAGUCAGAGAGCACCAGUGACUCAGACAGCUCCUCGGACUCGGAGAGCGAGAGCAGCUCAAGUGACAGCGAGGAGAACGAGCCCCGAGAAGCCCCGGCUCCCGAGCCUGAGCCUCCAACAGUAAACAAAUGGCAGCUAGACAACUGGCUGACCAAAGUCAGCCAGCCUGCGGUGCCCCCCGAGGUUCCGGGCGGCGCCGAGCCCCCGGCCCGGCACCCGGACGGUAAGGCCAAGGGCGGCGACGGCGCGGACCUCGAGCGCUUGGAAUGCAAUGUGCCUCCCCCCAGAAGAUCCAGCAAAGCCCCCCGGCCCCCGCCGUCGGAAGGCCCCCACGCAGGCAAGAGGGGCUGCCAGAAGUCCCCCGCCCAACAGGAGCCCCCGCAGAGGCAGACCGUGGGAACCAAAAGAGCCGGCAAGGCCUCCGCCCCGGCGGGCACGCGUGCCUGCCUGCAGGUGGAGGGCGAGCCCGGACUUCCUCCCCACGGCGCCAAAGACCAGCCUUCCAAGACAAGCCCAAGUGAGACGAAAGGGCGGCCCCGCGCCGGAGAGAGCCGCGAGCCCAAGCCGGCGGUGCCCGCCCCGAGCGAGCGGAAGAAGCACCGGAGCGGCCCCCCGGGCCCCCCGAAGGCGUCCGCGAGGGACGGUGCGGAGGACGGGAGCCCCGAGCACUUUGCCCUCGUCCCGGUGACGCAGAGCCAGGGCCCCGCCCGCGGCGCCGGCGCCAGGACUAGUGGCUGCCGCCUGGCCGUGGUCGUGCAGGAGGACCGCCGCAAGGACAAGCCCCUGGUGCCUGUGAGAGACCCCAGGCAGCGGUCCCCGCUCAGGGAGCCUCCGCCGCCGCGAAGCUUGAUGGUGAAGAUCACCCUCGACCUCCUCUCUCGGAUUCCGCAGCCCCCUGGGAAGGUCGGCCGCCAGAAGAAACCGGAGUACAAACCGCCGUCUGCAGGGAAGAAACUGGAUUCUGAGAAGAAAGGCUCAGACAAUCCGAGCAGAUUGGCCAAGAAGAGAAAGGGUGAAGCAGAAAGAGACCACGAUAGCAAGAAAGUCAAACUGGAGAAGGACGUCAAAUCACAGUCAUCGUCUUCAUCCUCCCACAAAGAUUCUUCUAAAUCAAAAACUCCCAGGCCUUCCUCUGAGCCCUCAAAGAAGGAAAUGCUUCCCCCUUCACUCGUGUCGUCCUCGUCCUCAUCCUCAUCCUCGUCCUCGUCUUCCCAGAAGCCAGCCAAGUCUGCCCCAAAGAGGCCACGGCAGGAAGCAGACUCCUGUGGGCAGGACGCUCCCAAAAGUGCCAGUAGUACCAAGGGCAACCACAAAGACACUUCUGUUUCCAAGCACAGAAAAGCAGAGGGGAAGGGCUCUGGAAGCUCUGCAGAGCACAGAGGAUCUUCUGGAGAUACUGCAAAUCGUUUUCCAGUGCCUUCUUUGCCAAAUGGUAACUCCAAACCAGGGAAGCCUCACAUGAAGCUUGACAAACAGCAGGCAGAUUUUCACAUGAAGGAGGCCAAGAGGUUGAAGGACAAAGCAGAAUUAAUGACGGACAAGGUUGGGAAGGCGUUUAAGUACCUGGAAGCCGCCUUGUCCUUCAUUGAGUGUGGGAUUGCCAUGGAGUCGGAGGGCCCAGCGUCCAGGUCAGCUUACUCCAUCUACUCUGAAACCGUAGACCUCAUUAAGUUCAUAAUGUCAUUAAAAUCCUUCUCAGAUGCCACGACACCAACACAAGAGAAAAUAUUUGCUGUUUUAUGCAUGCGUUGCCAGUCCAUUUUGAACAUGGCCAUGUUCCGUUGUAAAAAAGAUAUAGCAAUAAAGUAUUCCCGCACUCUCAACGAACACUUCUUCAAGACUUCCUCCAAAGUCACUCAGGCACCUUCUCCAUGUGUUGCAAGAAGCACAGGCACGCCGUCCCCCCUCUCUCCAAUGCCUUCUCCAGCGGGCUCCGGAGGCUCCCAGCCCAGCGCCGGCAGCGCGGGGAGCAGUGGGCUGCCUCCCGCCGUCAGUACCCCCGUCACCAUCCAGAACAUGACCUCCUCCUACGUCACCAUCACUUCCCACGUCCUUACUGCCUUUGACCUUUGGGAACAGGCUGAGGUCCUCACGCAGAAGAAUAAAGAAUUCUUUGCUCAGCUCAGCACAAGUGUGUGCACCCUGGCCCUUAACAGCAGUUUGAUGGAUCUGGUGCACUACACAAGACAGGGUUUUCAGCGGCUAAAACAAGUAACCAAAACACCUUAACGGAGGCCCAGGUUGAUCUGAUGUCUUGGGAACUUUUUUGCACAUUGGAAGCCUCAAGACAUCCAGACAUCUGUCUCAGCAGGACACCAGACUCAAGAAGAGAAGCACCACGAGUUGGCCAGGACAUUUGUUCACUGAAACUCUCAAGAACUGUGGAAUCAUUGGUUGGACACGAUGGUUAUGCAGAAGCAGAGAAGAGGAAGCUGGCCCCAGAGAUGAUCUUGCCUUUCCUGACUAAAGGACAGAAGUGCAAUGUUGCCUUUGUGGGUGUAUGAGUGGUCUAGAAACAUUUCCUUACUUUUUUAACCAGCAGGAUGCAAAUGGAAUGAGGAGAAGCAAUUUCAACUCUGAAAGCAAAUUCACAUCAUCUCAGUAGCCACAUUAGUUUGUUCCCAGAAGGGAGUUUCUUUAACAGUGAAUUUUGGUGUAGGGUUUUGUGGAUGUUUUCUUUUUGCUUUUAAGUUAUAGGGGAAAUAAUUUGUUUAAUAAAUUCUAAGGGUCAUCUAUGAAACGUGAGUUGUGAAGGACUCCACUGUACCCCACUUUCCACCAGUGAACAGUGGCUUUGAUAAUACCAAGUAUUGUCAUAAUUUAUACAAUUGAAGGCAUCCCCCCCAUUGCCUGGAGUACUGCACAUUCACCCCAGCUCUGGUUUCUCCCAUUACUGGGUCAGAAGUCAGCCCACAUUGGAGUGGCAGAGAGAGAAGCUCCAGCACCCGGGGGAGCCAUCUCGAGGUCCCCAUGUAGGACAGAGGACGUGGUGCCGCCAUUCCCACCCCCUCCUUCAGUGAAGGGCAGUCCGUCACAUUGACUAUAUUCUGAAUUUUCUACGUUGGGGAAGAAGGGAACUGGGAACCAACAUUUGUCCGUGACAAGAUGGCUGAAGUGCUUUUUGAUUUUUGUUUAAGUGGCGCUGGAAUUUGAGGUGCUGAUCUGUGGUCUACAGUUAUGUGGUAACUCGUGUUGUCUAACCAACUCGGAGUUUUGUCAGCGAACAAAGAAAAAUGAAAUCUUAGAGAGGCUAUAUUUUUGUGCUACGAAUUAUUUUAUAUUUAUAGCAGAACUAGACUUUGAGAGCCCUUGAUUGUCUAGGAGAAACUAACUUCCUGCGAGGCUGUGGCAAUUUGGGGUGGUUAAUUAGACUUUAAAAAGAAAUUGUCACCGCAUGCCUUCACUCCAGAGUGUUCUCAGUCAACUAGGUUUGAUUAGAUUGAAGAGAAACUGUGGCCUUCCCGUAAGUUGCUAUUGCCAGAUUCUGUACAUUAACCCAAGUUUAUUCUGAAUGACCUAAAAUGGAAAAAAAAAUCCCACAUAUUCAUAAGCACAGAUUUUUUUCAUUGAAACUUGGAGGGUUAUUAUUGGAAGCAUUAUUUUGAGUGCAGUGUUUUUAGAAGCCAGUUCUUUUUAUCCCUGUUAGAAGUAGAAUUUGCACAUGUAUUAACAAUUGAGGAGUGAGUGUUAUUGCUACAGCUCGUUUACUUUUCUCCCUUCAUCCCGUCCUGCUCCUCUGCACGUUGUUUCGCACCAAGCAUGCUUGACAGUGUCAUAUUUAUUUAUUAGUGAAGAAGGGAGCACCAUCUUUAUUUAUAGUGAAGAGGUCUAAGGUCCAUAUGAUGAAUGUAAGAACUGUCUUGAUAACUUGGUAACUAUAUAAAAGGGAUGUGUAGAGGAUGGGAGUGAUGCUUAUUUUUCACAAUAUGAAUUGUUUGUGUGAAGCUGUUCCCUCAGUGUCUUACAUUAUCCAGCCUGUUCUCUGGUUCUCACUAGCUAGGACAGAGGUCUGUUAACCUCAUGUUUAGGUUAAAGCCAGAGAAUUACAGCAAUUGUAAUAUCGGAGCAUAAGAACUUGAUGUGUGAUCUUGAUGGGCUGAUUUCUUUGAUGGAUGUUCUAAAGCAAAGCCAUGGUCCUUUUUAAACUACUCAUCUAGAAAGGAACCUGUUGUUAACAGUAAUUGCUUGGUAGGUUGUAUGGUUACGGCAUUGUGUGUCCGUCUCUUACCUGGAGACAAGAUACCAGGAUCAGGCUUAUGUGGUUACUUAACAUCUUUUUUCCUCCUAAUCCCUUGGCUCUUCCGUCCCCCUCCACCCCAUCAGUCCCCAGUACAAGCCACCAGUCAGUCUGGAAGGGUGCGUUCUUGAGCACAGGUUCUGGUCUGUGCAGACCGUGCCGAGUGUGUGUGUCCUGUCGGGAGCCACAGAGCCCCCUUUGAAGACAUUUCCAAGUCAAUUUCUCAGCUGUGUCUAAAAGAAGUGAUUCCUUUUUCAGUGGCCUUAUUCUUUGUGCGUUUUCCUCUCCCUGAUCUUUAUAUUGAAAUUUUAUUUGUCCCUUGAAAAACUAAUGAAUUUGCAGAGAUCAGUUUGUACUAUUUUGAUCAUGGAGUAUUUCUGAUUCUUAACUGCAACAUGCAUCGUACCUAAAAGAAAUCUUAAUGGCUACUUUUUAAAUAGAGUAUGUAAGAGGUAGUGGCUGAUGAAUCCUUGAUGUCCCUAAGGUCUUUUUGCUGUUACAGUUUAUAUAGAAAUCUAAAGGGUUUUUAAGUCAUUUGCACUUUUCCACUGCAUGCUUAAAUCCCCAAAGGCAAAUUUUGUACUGAGGUAGAUAAUUGAAAGGAUUAGAUUAUAAAAUUAAGCUUUUCAAUGUGUGAAGUUCUUAAAACAACCAUAGUAGUACACACUUCACAGUGAGACACAUACAAAAAACAUCUUGAGUGAAAAUUGAGUGUAAAAAUCUUGCCUUUGCCACUACAGUUUCUAGUGUGUGUGUGUCUGUCUUUAUUAGGGAAUGGAAAAAUACUGUUUUACUUUUUAAAAUGUUGAAUGUUUCUGUCCUUGAAGAUAAUUAAAAUGUGAAUCACUGAACAUAAGAUUUUAGCCAGACUAAGGGCCCUGCUAAACGGUGAAAAAUACUUUACUGCAAUUUACCAGAUGACACUGGGUUAUGAAUGUGAAAACAUCAGCCAGGUGCUAGGUGUGGUGAGGAGUGGCAGAGUCCAGCCGGCGUAUUACCAGGACCGGAACUACGGUAGGAACGGGACUUACCUGAUGUUGUGAUUUAACUACCAGACUGAGUGGGGAAAGUCCCUGAUUUUUUUUUUUUUUGGAACAAAAGGACCUUUAUUUUAUAAUCUGUUUUGACAAAAAUGUUUAGCUAUUUCCCCUAGACAGAUUGGACCACACUUUUCUCCCUUGCUUUAUAUCCUUAAAUGCCCAUUCUCAGGAUGUUUAGAAGCUGACAAACUACUCUUUUCUGGCUGAAAACUUUCCUUAAUUGGUACCUUAAAUAUUAAUGUUAGUAGGAUCAGGAUCUUACUAUUUUUUUUUAAUGAUUCUUCAAUAAUUUUUAGAAACAGAAAGAACCAUUGUGCCCUCCCAAGUGGACAAAACUUUUAUCUCUAUAUAAAAGGAAAUAUGUGUGUUUGAACGCACACAUGCGCACGUGCGCUAGCUGAAUUGGAUAUAUUUAUUGUGCCUUUGUUGACCAAACCUAAUUUUGGAAUAAUGCUAUAUUUAUUUUGCCAUGGCUUUAAGAGAUGUGAGGUGGAUCUUGCACCUUUUUCUCUUCUGCUUCAUGAAGUUUGAGGUGUAUUUGUGCAUCUUAAGGUAAGUGAAUCAAAUAAGCCUUGUUUUCCUACACCUCCCACCACAGAUUCUACUUUUUUCUUAAGGAUUUAUAUUCCCAGACACUACACAAAAUCUGUGAAAAACUGAACCACUUCAUCUAUUAAAUACUGAUUAGUAGUAUUUAAAUCUUGCAAGAAUAUUUGACCUUUUAGAAACACAGGUGUAGAGAUUUGCUCAUCGUGGUCAGGAUUAUAGCGGUACUUGCUCCCUUCUCUUUCUCUAGUGGGUUGCCUCUUUUGUUUUUUUAUCCUAUUUAGAAUUUAUGGAUGUGAGUUUUUCCCCUGUGCUUUAUCUUUUGUCAUUUUGUUUGUGGGAGGUGGAGUGGCAGCAGAGUAACAUGGUGUUGGGGGAUUUUCCUUCAAACAUUGCAAGUGGUAUUUCUACCAAGUAAACCUCAAACAUCCAGUCCAGUUGUGCUAAUCACCAAGAAUCUGAGAAUGAAUUGUGACCACUGGCCAUGUUCUUUAGUUCUUAUUUAUGAGGAGUUGACAAGCACCAUCUACCACCUUUCUUAAGGUGGCUGUAAAUUUCCUGUUGUCCUGGGGAAAGUCACACUGUAUUGUGCUCCACAAUGUGUCGGAUGUUGACAGGUACUGUGAUGGGUAGAGAAGUGCCUAUAUGUAUUUCUCUCCCCAAGAGGGCAGGAGGGAGACUUACAGCUCCCUGUGAGCCCGGAUAGUACUACACCGGCCUGGAAGGACAAGGGAAUAAGACCACUGACAGCGAGGCUGACCGGGCUGCGCUGGUCAGACCGGGCAGUGGCUGACCUAAGGAAGAUAACUUGCUUUGCUUAAAAGUAGAUGUUUAAGCGAUGCUUAAAACAGGCAGUAUUAACUUUCGUUAAUUAACUUUUGUUAAUUUUCAGGCCAUCAACAUGUAUUAUUAAAAUUACUGCACACCCCCCUCAGAUAGCAAGUAUACACUGUUCAUGUUGGUGUGUGUGUGUUUAUACACGAUAGUCCCAAAUCUUGUUUUGAUUUUUUUUCUGAAUGUGAUCAUGUUUUGGAUGAUACCUGAGCAGGGUUACCUUUUUUUUAUUUAUUACCAUUAUAUAUUAUAUUAUAUAUUUUUUUGCUUUCUUAUAACUUUAGAGGAAAGUCAAAUCUUGGUAUUAUUGAAAUUGUUUAAAAAAUAAAUUGUCCAGUUGAUAAAUGAAGAUCACUGGUCUAUCUCUAAAAUAAUAUGAAUUUUUCUUUAAUUAUUGUGAAAUAACGUGCCCGCUGUCUAGUCCACACCGUGAUUUUGUAUGUAGGAUAGGAAAGCAGCGAUGCUCUUGGUGGGAAGAUGUGCAGCACGGGUGAGGGGACUCCAUGUGUUUUAUCUACUUCAGCUGGAACUGCAACUUGGGGCUUCUGUGAAUAAAAUCUAGCUGCCUUGUGUAGUCCUUUGAAAGACAUACGUGAUCUGUGAGAAUUAUAGUUUUUCUUUUUUUUAGAAGAAAAAUUUGCAAAAGAUCUUUCCAAAGAUAAUGUGCCACAGAUCUUUUGUUUGUUGUUUUCUGUAAUGAGGAUUAAUUACUGUUUAAAAAAACAUGUAAUUGACUUGUUCGUCUUCAAAUUCUUUACUUUUGACAAGAGGAUCGAGCUGUAAAAAAAAAAAUAAAUAAAAAUUUAGAGAAAUCA